AUGGGACAAGACAACUCAAAGCAAGAGAAACAAAGGAAAGAGUACAGUGGGGAUCAAUCUGCAACAACUCCAUUUGAAAUUAGUGGCAAGCAAUUGUACGACUUAGUAGGAAACAAAGAUGCCGAGUCAUACAACAAAUUAGGGGGCACUGCUGGGAUUUGCAAAAUUUUAAAAACCGACCCAUCGAAGGGUCUUGAUUGCACUGAUUUAGACAAGAGAUAUGCGCAAUAUGGUCAAAACAAAUACCCCGACCCGGUCAUGAAAUCGUUUUUGACUAUGGUUUUAGAGUCACUCAAUGAUAACACUAUCAUCAUUUUAAUAGCAUCUGCUGUCGUUUCAUUAUUCCUUGCAUUUGUUGUUCCAAAGAAUGACACAUGUGGUGAAGAAGAAAUGGCGACGGAUUGGAUCGAAGGUCUUGCUAUUCUAUGUGCUGUCUUUGUUGUUUCAUUUGGGUCCUCCAUUUCGGACUAUUCCAAGCAAAAGAAGUUCUUACAACUUUCCAAAGACGAGAAGAAUGUCAACAUUAAAGUCGUUCGAAAAGGUGAAAACCAAUUAGUUUCUAUUUUAGAAUUAGCUGUUGGUGAUUUAGUGAAUUUAGAUGUCGGUGAUGUGAUACCAGCUGAUGGUAUUUAUGCUAGUGGAUAUGAUUUGCGAGUCGAUGAAUCGGAUAUGACUGGUGAACCGAUUGCUGUGAGAAAGAGUGAGAAGUACUAUGUUAUGAUGUCGGGAACCAAAAUCACUGAUGGCAAUGGACAAAUGAUAGUCACAUCUGUUGGACUUAAUUCCUUGUGGGGUAAAACAAAAGAAUCAUUAAGUCAAGACAAACCACGACCAACCCCACUUCAAGAACUGUUGGACAAGUUAGCGGAACAAAUUGGGAAAUUAGGGUUUGGCUGUGCUUUGAUAGUCUUCUCUAUUUUAGUAGUGUAUUGGGUCAUCGAUGCUAUUAAUUACUCGGACAUGGUAGGUUUUAAUUGGAAACAUUUGACUGCAGUAGUUGAUUACUUGAUCACCGCUGUUACUAUUGUGGUAGUUGCUGUGCCAGAAGGUCUUCCUUUAGCUGUCACUAUAUCUUUGGCAUAUUCCAUGAAGCAGAUGAUGAAAGAUAACAACUUAGUGAGACAUUUGAAGGCGUGUGAAAUCAUGUCGAACUGUUCGAACAUCUGCACAGAUAAGACUGGAACACUUACUGAGAAUCGAAUGACUGUAGUUAGUGGAUGGUUUGGAGGAGAGACUAUGGAGAGAGGAAAAUACUUCUCACUUGGUGGGACGAGACUUGGGGACGAGAUUUAUAACAACAUUGCCAUCAACAAAUCUGUUUCCACUGCAGUCUAUGAAGAGGAUGGUAUUAUGAAAACUAUUGGGAAUAAGACUGAGUGCGCCUUACUUGGAUUUGUCUUAAGACAACACACAGAAUACAUCAAAAGAGCCGAGAAUUUGGCACCAAAGAUCUAUCAACAAUUUGCAUUCUCCUCUGCUCGAAAGAGAAUGUCCACGUUGGUAUUUAACGAAGACAAGUCUGUCCACAUGUUCUUGAAAGGAGCCCCCGAAGCCGUCUUAGCAAAGUGCAGUAAAUACAUGAAGAAAGAUGGAUCGAUUUCUGACUUGACUGAUGUGGAGAGAAAGGUGUUAAGUGAUUUCCAAGAGUCAUGUGCAAAUCAAGGCAUGAGAACUUUGUCAUUGGCAAUUCGAGAUCUUCCACCAAAGGAUGCUAACAACUUUGAAGAGAAGUUCACUGAAAGUCCAGAGGAAGAGUGCGUGUUACUUUGUGUCUUUGGUAUUGAAGAUCCAUUACGACCAGAAGUUAUUCAGGCCGUUGCUGAUUGCCAUAGAGCUGGUAUAACUGUUCGUAUGGUUACUGGUGAUAAUGUAAACACGGGGAAGUCGAUUGCCAAACAGUGCAAAAUUGUUGAAAGCGAUAACGACACGUGUAUUGAAGGACCAGCGUUUGCUAAAUUGACUGACGAACAAAUCGAUGACUUACUCCCAACCCUUCGUGUGAUUGCAAGAUGCAGUCCGCAAGAUAAGAAGAGACUUGUGAAUCGACUUAUCUUGAAAGGAGAAGUAGUUGCUGUGACAGGGGAUGGUACUAAUGAUGUACCUGCUUUGAAAGAAGCUGAUGUAGGUCUUGCCAUGGGUAUUCGAGGUACUGACGUUGCCAAACAAGCCUCAGACAUUGUCAUUCUUGAUGAUAACUUCAAUUCUAUAGUGAAAGCCGUCAUGUGGGGGAGAUGUGUAUACGACAACAUUCGUAAAUUCCUUCAGUUCCAAUUGACUGUGAACGUUGUUGCGCUUGCGUUGUGUGUGAUAGGUGCUAUUACUAAGAUGGGUAGUCCAUUGAAAGCACUUCAGAUGUUGUGGGUCAAUAUGAUUAUGGACACAUUGGCUGCACUUGCUUUAGGUACUGAGAAGCCAACGCCAUCGUUGUUGGAUAGAAAGCCAUUUGGAAGAAAGGCUUCAUUGAUCUCGACUCAUAUGAUUCGAAAUAUUGUAGUCCAAGCCACAUACCAACUCUUUGUAUUACUCUUCUUGUUAUAUUGUGGAAGAUAUAUCACAUUCUUGGGUGCACCAUGCGCUUAUGUCAAACAUGGAGACUUUGGAAAAUUCAUGUGCGCCGAUGGGGAAUUACAUUCAGUCGGUAAAAUUGAGAAACAUACAACAAUCGUCCAGACUAUGAUCUUUAACGCUUUUGUGUUCUGCCAAAUCUUCAAUGAAAUCAACUCAAGAAAGGUCAACGGAGAGAAGGACGUCUUCGAAAAUUUCUUCUCGAAUUAUAUGUUUGUCGGAAUCAUCGCUAUGACAUCAGUCGUUCAAGCACUCAUUGUCGUCUUCGCCGGACCAAUCUUCUCAGUCACUCCAUUCCCAGGAAUUAACUUCGUCCAGUGGAUGUUCUGCUUGUUCUUGUCUGCUAUGUCUUUGGUUGUUGGACAAUUUGCUAUCAGAUUCCUCCCAGCUGAGAAGUUCACGCACCUCAAAGACUUGAUUCUUGGUGCAGAAAAGGAGAAACAGGACUAA